AUGGCUGUAACAAACGCAAAGCCUGCUCUGAAAGAGUGCGACCUGCAACACUGUCUGCCGCAGAUAUAUAAGGCCAUAUUGACAGCUUCGUGCCUGUCGUGUCCCAAUGAUCCGAUACAGUUUCUAAAGAACAGUCUCAUGGCCUUCCAGGGACACGCUGACCUCCAGGAGGUCGACUGGUGGGUGACCUGUGACCUUGUGACCUGUGACCUGGACCUGCACAAGUUUGUUGCUGAUGCAGAACAGCGCCAUGCAACGUCCUCUCGGACAUGCAGGACUGUGGACACAUUCUGUAUGGAUCCAGAUGACACCAUGAUGUCCUAUUGUCUGCUAGAGAAGGCCUACAACUGUUAUAGGAAACAUUUAACAAAUUCUUGCUUCAGGAAGUGGAAGAGGUUCACUACACAGAGCAAGAGAGGUACAAUAGAGCUGGCUCUGAAGAUGGACAAGGCAAAGAAACAUUAUGAGAGGAAAUGCCAGUGGCUUGCACUCACCAAAUGGUCAAACUGUGUAAAAUUACACAAGAAGACACAGGCAGUUGCCAUCGAGAAACUUGAGAGACUUGUAAACGCUGGCCGCCUUAAGCGCAUCAUAGCUGCAUGGCGUAAUGUUGCAAAGGACUCAAAGAAGGCAAAAGAGUACUUUAAGAGGAUGGAAAUGGGGCUUAUUGAAAUCCGCAACAACGUCCAUCAGAUCGGGGAAGGAUGUGACGGACUCUCAGUUCUCCCUGCUAGCCUCUCAAGGAAGAUCUUCCAAUAUUUAGAGUUGCGAGACUUGCUCAUGUGUGCUGAGGUAUGUUGCACAUGGAAAGCUAUCAUCCAAUCAGGCACACUGUGGAGUCAGAUUAACUUCUCUGUGGAGAAAGACUGGAUAACAGACAGCACAAUGAAGCAGAUUCUGCAAAGCUACCGCCCAUUUGUCAUCCAUCUCAAUCUGCGUGGCUGCACGGCUCUAAAAUGGCCCAACUUGAAAUGUAUAAGUGAAUGCAGAAAUCUCCAGGACCUAAAUUUGUCAGAGUGUUUUAAUGUUACAGAUAUGAUGGUUCAGAGAAUUGUCGAGGGCUGUCCCUGUCUGCUCUACUUGAACCUUUCUUGCACACUUAUAACAAACAAAACUCUGAAAGAACUGUCCAGGAAUUGUCUCAACCUUCAAUACCUGAGUCUGGCGUACUGUUACAGAUUCACAGAUAAAGGGUUCAUGUACCUGACCACAGGGAAGGGCUGCCACAAUCUCCUUCACCUCAACUUGUCCGGCUGCACUCAGAUGACUGUAAAUGGGUUCAGAUACAUUUCUGCCGGAUGCCCUUCACUCAGGGAGAUUGUGAUCAAUGACAUGCCUACGCUAUCAGACAGCUGUGUCUUGGCGCUAAUUGCCAGAUGUUCCUGUCUGUCUGCCAUUUCUCUGCUGGAUGCUCCUCAUCUUUCCGACGUUGCCUUAAAAGCCAUCGCUGGUGUCGCCAAACUGAAGACUUUUAGGACGGAAGGUAACAACCAAUUAACAGACACGAGCUGGAAGGCCCUGUGCAGCAGCUCACAAGGCCUCCGCAGACUCCACGCUGCAGAAUGCUCCAGAAUGACUGAUGCCAGCCUCAAAUAUGUGGCCAACCUCAAGAACCUGCACAACCUGGACAUCUCACUUUGUGACAAGGUGGGUGAUGCUGGGAUCCAGUAUCUGACAGAAGGUUCCUCAUCCACCAAACUGAGAGAGCUGAAUGUUAGUUACUGCAAUCUCAUUACAGACACAUCUGUAAAGAGGAUUGCACAAAGGUUGUGUAAACUGUACCAUCUCAACUUGAGUUAUUGUGAGAGACUGACUGAUAGGAGUCUGGAGUGGUUGAGUGGCAGCUCUAUCUGCUCUCUUGACAUCAGCGGUUGCAACAUCCAGGAUCAGGGCCUGGUGGCUCUUGAGGGAAUUUGCUUGAAGAAGUUAGUCCUUGCCGAAUGUGUCUCCGUCACAGAUAUUGGCAUGGAGAAGCUGUGUAAGACUGUGAGAGAUCUGGAGCAUGUCGAUGUGUCUCACUGUGUAGCUCUGUCAGACCCGGCCAUCAGAGCGAUUUCAUUUUACUGCAGAGGUCUAGUCACACUGCGGAUGUCAGGGUGUCCAAAGAUGACAGAUAUGGCAGUUCAGUAUCUGACAAUUGGAUCUCAGUACCUGCGAGAACUAGAUGUGAGUGGCUGUGUUCUUCUCACCGAUCGCAGUCUCCGAAACCUAGAGAGGGUCUGUCCUCCUCUCUGCUCCAUCGCGAUGGUCUGCUGCAGCGGCAUCUCCAAGGUGGGCGCUUUAAAGCUUCAGCCACAUGUGAAGCACUGGGAGCACAGCAAUGACAACCCUCCAUACUGGUUUGGAUACAACACAGGCCAAAUAGUGCAUCCAGUCACAAGACCCAUCAAGACGGAUGACACCUGUGAAGUGGCGGAACAGCAGUCAAUGAUGACAAGAACAGCAAGUACAGAGAGGAUAUAAACAUAUCUCAAUAGUAAUGAUAUUGUAAAAAAACAGCCCCAUGUAAUCACAGUGACCAUCAUUUUUGGGAGAUUAUUUCCAGAGAUAAUCCACACAAAGAUGAAUCCUAUGGUUAAAAAUCCCAAAUCACAGGAUAGUUAUCAGAUCAAGUCUCACCUGUCUGGAUAGAGACAUAGCACUGUCACAGCGGCACACUGACACGUUGUUUCCUGACAUUGGAAUGUCCUUUGCUUUUCUGUUUUGAGUUUGAUGCAGUAGGCCACUUUAUGGGUCCACAUAAAUUGUUACACAAUGUCUUUGAACCUGCAAUGUUAUAUAACCGAUCCAUGAACAUUUGUGAUUUCCGCUCUGAACUUUUAUGCAACGGUUUUCCUUGGGGGUGAGUUAGGGAUCCUUUUUUUCAGUUUAUUGUAACGCUAUUGUUUCGCUUCUAUAAUAUAGUAUAUUUCAUUUGCACAAAGACAACAUAAUUGUUUAUUGCUCCACAUAUUUCACACUGUCAGCAGUCAAAUCACUGUGUGGAUGGAAAGUUGGCAUCUUUAGCACUAUGCUAUGACCAUCAUUGGUUUCUAAUUAUUUAAGAAAUGUUAUACGUUUAUAUAUAUUAAAGUACAAAGCACUUUAAAUUCAGAACUUGUUCAAAUUUAUUGUAUUUUCUUUGUUUAUA